GUAUAUAUAUUGCUCACUCCAGGCUCCUGUGUCUCGUCUUCCGCUGCUCCUCACACCGACAACAUGAAGCUUGUAGUCUUCGCCUGCCUCGCCUCUAUGGCCCUCGCCUUCCCUCAAGGUGACCCUCGGGAUGUAGAAGCGGUUGUGCUCAAAGACGUACGCAGCGACAGUGGAGAUGGAAACUUCAAUUUCGAGUUCGAAACCAGCAACGGAAUCUACUCCCAGAGGACAGGCACCCCGGGCUCCAAGGGCCAGAGCGACAUGACUGGCUCCUUCAGGUUCAACCUUCCCGACGGGACCGUCGCUGAGGUCCGCUACGUCGCCGACGAGCUCGGCUACCGUCCCGAGUCUCCGCUGAUCCCCACGCCCCACCCUCUCCCUCCCCACGCCAUCGAGCAGAUCCGCGUCGCUGAAGAACAGCGCGCUAAGGGCAUCACCUUCGAGAAAUAAACACAAGGUCGACCUACUCGUCGAACUUUCCGUAUAAGUCUCUAACCUUCCUGUAAAUAACGGACACGUAACAAUAAAUUUAUCACGUUAUUUGCA